AUGAAAUUUGUAUCAGUAUCUUUAAUUCUUACAUUAAUAUUCGUUGUGUAUGUAAUCAAUACAAUAUGGACAUUAGCUGAAAUAUUCAUACCGCCAGAAUGCCGCCGUGGCGACAAAUGUUUCUCUUCGUAUUUAACUUCUAACCCUGUACAGAAUUUAGUGUUUUAUGCUUCCUUAAAACAGCAGCCGCUUGAGGAAGGGACUUCAUCGAAUUCGGUAACUAAAGUGCAUACUUUAUUGAAUUUUGACUAUCGGAACCCGGCUUCUAUUAAUGUGCAGUUAAAUAUACCACGUAAAACACGUAACAAUGGAACACUAUAUAUGCAUGUUGUCAUGUUGGAUGAUAGCAAAUUGUAUAAAUCAUUUGAUGAAAUUCGGCAAACACAUCCGUUACAUACAUGGCCAUUGAUAAAGUUUGUAGAACCACAAGCAGCCACAUUUAACUUACUACAACAUAAUGAUAAAGAAAAAAAUUCUGGGGAAGACCGACAUCUCCAUCCUUAUGCUCAUAUAUCCACAGUUGUACCCUUGUCGGUAUUAAUUGAUGAUUUGAACUUACCAUCUUCCAAAAUACCUGGAGAAUUAUAUCCCUAUUUAAGGAUUCGGGGAGACAAAUUCUUGCCGAUAAUACAACACAAUGUAUUAAAAUCACGAAUGUCUCAUUUGCUUCUUCUAAACAACAGCAUGACAAAAGUCAAUGUGACUGUAAAUGUGUCUCCAGCAUCAUAUGGUAUAUUUCGACUGGCUCUACAUGUGAGUCUCGCUUUUGAGCACUUGCACAGUCUUGGAUUCAGUGAGAAAGAUGUUGAUGAUGUCAAAGGAAUCUUUGCUGACACAAAUUUGUAUUUGUUGUCAGCCACAGUCUUGAUAGCCAGCUUUCAUUUGCUGUUUGAUUUUUUGGCCUUCAAAAACGACGUUUCAUUUUGGCGGCGGAAGAGAUCGUUGGCCGGUCUAUCGGCGCGCACGGUACUAUGGCGUGCCUUUUCACAAUUUGUAAUCUUUAUGUACCUCAUGGAUGAGAGGACAUCUCUACUGGUUUUGAUUCCUGCUGGAAUAAGUGCACUUAUUGAGUUAUGGAAAGUAACCAAAGUUUUACAUCUGCGAGUUUCGUUUAAAGCUUGGAAACUUCGAGUUUGGAGGGACACUAGCUCAGAUGCAAACGAAAAGACGACUGCCCAAGCAGAUGCGGAAGCGAUGCGAUAUUUAUCGAUGUUGCUAUACCCUUUGUGUGUGGCAGGCGCCAUAUACUCCCUUGUCUAUGAACCGCAUAAAAGUUGGUACUCCUGGGCUUUACACAGCAUAGUGAACGGAGUGUACGCUUUUGGUUUUCUAUUCAUGUUGCCGCAACUGUUCGUGAACUAUCGGCUUCGUUCUGUGGCAGCGCUGCCGUGGCGCGCCUUCAUGUACAAAGCCUUCAACACGUUCAUAGACGAUGUGUUCGCGUUUAUAAUAACCAUGCCGACCGCGCAUCGCAUGGCCUGCUUCAGGGACGAUCUAGUCUUCCUUGUUUAUCUGUAUCAGAGAUGGUUGUAUCCUGUAGACAAAACUCGUGUAGAUACAGGAGCGAGUAUGGAUGCAAGUUCAGAGGAAGUUGAAACGCCCAAAAAGAAAACAGAAUAGCCAAAUUAUUUAUCCAUUAAAAGACAAUAGAGGCUGAUUGUCAACUCUAUUAUAUAGAUAAAUUAAUACACUGUAUAGUAUUAUCUUCGGUUUCUGCAAGUCUUAGACACAAUUAAAACUGUAUUUACUUUUGAUUCUCUUUUUUAUGGUUAUUAUAUUGAUCGUGAGAACUAUCAUCGUGAGAACAUUCGAAGAUUCGGAACUAAUAUAAUGACAAUAAAAAACUUGAACUUGAACUGUGAAAGUAGUUUUAGUUAUGUAUAGUAAGUAGGCUUAUUCAGAUGUAGGCAGCGGCUUGGUUCUGCCCCUUGCAUUGUUGUCGUCUAUGAGCAUCGGUAACCACUAACCAUCAGGUGGCCCGUAUGCUCGUCUGCCUACAAGGGCAAUAAAAAAAACUGACGUAGCCUUUAGUGAAGCUCUCUUUGCCUAAAAAUACGAAACUUCUUAUAUAUAUAGUAUAUAAUAUGACAAGGUAAAAUGUACCUUCUGUUUGCUAUACACGUGUAAAUCCACUUCGUGUCGGCCGCUUGGUAUUAAGUACCAAAAAUAAGUGGAAUGGGAAUACCAAGGACUUAUAGCCUUUUCAUGUCAGUACCUUUCGUAUUAUAAUCGAAUCAAUAAACUAAGAGCUGUUUCGAAAAAUGAACACCAUCAUACAAUAGUUACAAAGUUAAUAAUAGUUGUUUAUCCGGGGGAAAAAUUGUUUUUACGCGUCGGUGUUCAAUUUCCUCCACAAGAAAUACCUAAACUUUUCGUUGUAACUAAUUAUGUAUUUUUGGUUAUCAGGAAAAUUAUACUUACAAUUAUUAUUGGUAUAAAUCGGGAAAAUUUGUUGAAUAAAUAAAAUGGAAUUAGUUAUUUUUUACAUUAACGAAGUAAAUAAAUAGUAUAUUUACUAUUAUUUGCGUUUAUUAUUAUUCGGAAAUAUUUGGACAUGAUUUUUCGUCCAGUAGGGGGUAGGCAUAUAAGAAAUAGUUAGACCAUGAAAUUAAUUAAGUAUCUAUUACGUAGACAUGAAGGUUUAAUCUGUUAAUUGUUUUGUAUAUUUUGGAACAAUUUUAUUAAAUUAAUUUUGUUGGAUUUUAAUUUGAAACAACUUAAAAGAUUGAAAGGAUCUCAUUUGUGUUUCUAAAUAAAUGUAAUAAAUGAAUUGUGUUAUGUUUAUUAACUUCUAGCUUGUCCCAUAAUAAUAUU